AUGCACGCCACCGAUCCGCCAAGGCCUUCGAAUAUGAUAGAAUCGAUGAGGUCAAGAGGGAAUGCUCUUCAAUCUUGCCUCCCGAUUUCGAUCAUAAACGUUACGGAAAUCAAUUGUACAGACUUCCAGAAAAAUUGUCGUUCGUUAAUGGAGAUUGGUGGCAGGAUUUGGAUAAGGCUCCACUUAUUCCAUAUGAUGACAAACCAAAUGGCUUUUUUGGAUCACAGUUCGCCAUUCAACUUGAUUUCUUUCUGGAUUACUGACGUGGACGAUGCUCAUCGGUCCAACAAUUCAGUUAACAUCAAUGGCGUUUUGCAGCUGAGCGUAAUGACGGGGGAAUUAUUCACUUCAAAACCCUAUGAGCGAUAUCCGAUGUUUAACAUGUAUCCGGGGAAUUCAGAGUUACGAAUGUCGUUCCAAGGUAUUGUAACCUAUACAGAAGAGAACAAUGGUGAGAUUGUAAUGUGUUUACUUGGAAACGCAGUGUUACCUUCUCGUGGCCCCGACCCAAAUAACCCAUGGAGAUGGGUUAAAGAACCCGGGUACAUAAACCAGCCACCACACAUCCACGAUGACCGAAUUUUGAUGCUUGUUCAUUACCCGGAUACGUUUACAGUGAAGAAAAGAGGCAUCUAUGGUAGCUUGAAAAGUUUAAACCCAAAAUCCAGCCAAAAGUACUUUGAAGAAAUACACAUUUCUGCUUCGUUAAGUCGUUCUGCAAACUACGAGUUUAGUUCUGAAAAGCUUGUAUCCAACUUCAAAGCGUGUGAAACCAGUUUCGCAGAUAAAGAUCUUGGUACCUUGAAAGGGGCUAACAUUUGUUGUAAACUUGAGCAUUUUUUAAGGGAAGAUCCUCUGACCGUUGUGCCGAAUUGGAGAUGUAACGGGACCGAAGACUUUUGCAGCAAGUUGGGUCCGUUUGAGUCGGAUGCAAGCAUAAAAGAGACUAAUGGAAGCUUUAAAGGCGUAGCACUUCAUCUUCAAGAUAUUCGAUGUGAAAAACCCUGUUCGGAGACAGAAAGUAAACAUGGUGGAUCUGUGAAGGUUGCUAUGGUUAUUAGAGUGGGUCCGCCUUCAGAUGAUAUUUAUUAUACUACAAGACAGAGAACUGGGGUGAAGAAGAUGACGCUUUUAGCUGAAGGAGUGUGGGAUCCGUCGAGUGGACAGCUUUGCAUGGUUGGUUGUCGUGGAGGUGGAAAUAAAGAAGGAGAUGGUUGUGAUUCUCGUAUCUGUUUAUACACUCCGCUCAUGUUUUCCAUCAAACAAAGAAGCGUCAUUCUCGGAAGCAUUUCGAGUAUUGAAGAGAGUAAUAUGUCUUAUUUUCCUUUAUCGUUUAAGAAACGAGUGGAUUACGCACAAGAGCUAUCAUUUAAUCAGUACUAUUACUACUCCAAGAUCGAAUUAGCACAAGCUGUUGUUGAAAAACACGAGCGUUACAGCUUCGAAACCGUGAUCAAGAAGAGGUUCUUAAGUUUCCCAACAGUCAAACUUCCAGAAUCUCUUGAUUCUUUUCUAAAUGGCCUGUCUCUUCUAAAAAAAGAUCUCACCUUUUACCACCCAGCGUCCACGCAAGGUCGUUCUCGCUCACAGCCCUAUGUGGAAAUAGAGAUUCUAUCGCUUGGGCCUUUGUUCGGAAAGUACUGGACUCUGCAAAAUGAUUCAAUCAUAAGAGAAGACACUCCUUUGAAUGUAUCAGCUCAGCUUAGUGUCACUGGAGCCAACUAUGGUAACUUUUCUGAAGUUUUCGUAGAAGGUUUGUAUCAUCCAAUUGUCGGGAAAAUGUAUCUUGUUGGUUGCAGGGAUGUAAGAGCCUAUUCCAAGCUUUUAUACGAAAGUACUACAGAUCUUAAAGACGGGUUUGACUGUUUGAUAGAAGUCGUGGUGUCGUAUCCUCCUACCACAAACCACUGGCUUGUGAACCCAACUCCUAGGGUUUCGAUAACAAGUCAAAGGAACAAUCUCGAUCCAUUGUUUUUCACACCCAUCAAUCUUCAAACCGUCCAACUAACGUAUCAGGAUCAACGUGAAGACAUUGGUAGUUCCAAUCGAGGUGGCGAUGGUACCUUACAGGUUCUUACGCCUUUAAUAGGAAUCUGUUGCAUUUUGAGCCAGCUUUUUUACAUUAAACAGAACUUGGACUCCGUUCAUUACGUUUCGCUUGUGAUGAUUGCCAUACAAGCACUUGGGUACGGCUUUCCACUAGUUACAGGAGUCGAAUCGCUUGUUGAUUUGAAUGAAUCGCUUCUUGAUUUGAAUGAAAGCUCUUCUACUUAUAUGAUGAAUCAAAGAAUUCAGGUUAUAGAUUACAUGUUCAAGAAGAUUCUUGUACUGAUUUCAUUCUUAUUAACACUCGGACUCUACCAAAAAGUUUGGAGAUCCCGGAUCCGAUCACUUAGCCAUCAUAUGCCAUCCGACCGUCCAAUUCUCCUCAUUACAAUCUUUAUCCACGUGUUUGGGUUUGGGUGGUUUCUCAUCGUACAAAAGCUACAAUCAUGGCUGGUCGGACUCGAUGUGUACUUAGGGCUGGUACAAGAUUUAUUUUUGCUUCCUCAAGUUAUUGGGAACUUGAUAUGGGCAGAUCGAUUGCAAACCACUGCGGAAAUCAUACUUUCUUGGGUUAACGGUGAUUCGACUCCUCCCUCAUGUUUAUGCUUACAGAUCAUUGACAAAUUUAUAUCAUUCUUCUGCUAA